UGUGCGUGCAUUGUGUUGUCAGUUGUGCAGUUGGCCGAUCAGCCAGGGCCCGUGUACACAGCCAUUGAGCGCGGUCCUUACCGUCCAGUCGACAAUGUAAUCGGGAGGCCGUCGACAAGUUGCUUGAAUCCGUCAACGUCGUACACCGCCGCUGCGUUGUAAAGCACACGCGUUAUAUAGUACAUACAUGGAUAAAUUGAAAAUGAAUAGCUGACACAAUGUUGCAGUUGAAAAAGGAAAUGAAGAAGAGGGAUAACCUCGAGGCACCCGCUCCGGACAGUACGACUGCUGAAAGCAAGAGUUAUGUUUGCGGAGAAGAAGUCUUGGUGCAUCUAAAAGACGAUAGAUUUUAUCUCGGGUUUAUAGCCAAAUUGAGAUUAAAAGAGUCAAAGUGCUUGAUAAAAUUUGGUGAUAACACUGUGAAAUGGGUGUUGUUGAAAAGUGUCACUCGUAUGUCGUGCACUAGCGUGAAUACCCAGUUUUGCAAUUUGUGCAAUAUGGAACCGUCAGUAGACGAACUUUGUGUAUGCGACAAAUGUGCUAACGUAUAUCAUCGGAAAUGUCACAAGCCCGAAGUGGUCAUGGUGGACGUUUCCGUAUGGAUGUGUUAUGUGUGCAAAGAAAAACAACAAAUCAAUAGACUGCAAGGGAUCAACUCUGUGUCGAGUACAAUAGUUCCGAAAGCCGUACAACUACCGUACGACUUAAACUCUCUCCAGUGGGACAUACACCAUCGUAUCAACAAUUUGGGGACAUAUUGUUACUGCGGUGGGCCGGGCGAUUGGUUUAUUAAAAUGUUGCAGUGCGCCAAGUGCUUGCAAUGGUUUCACGAAAAGUGUCUGUCCUCAUUAACAUAUCCUUUGUAUCUUGGUGACAGGUUUUACGUGUUUUUAUGUUCAGUCUGCAAUCAGGGUACAGAAUUUGUGCGUCGUAUUGAAAUGGAAUGGGCCGAUCUGGUGCACCUUGCUCUGUUCAAUAUGACAGCAUAUAAACCACAAAAAUAUUACGACGUAGACGUCAGUAUACUUCCUUACUUAGAAAACCAUUGGAAUUCAAUGUAUCUACCUCCUAAGAUUGUCAAUGUUCCUGUCGACGAUAGGAAGGUGUACAUUGUCAAUGCGCUGCUCAAAGAUACAAAUCAUAGGUUCGAAUUCCAAGGUAAGAAACCCGCCAACAUGUGGGGACUUCGACUGAAACUGCCGCCAAAGCCCCCUCGGUAUUCGUUACCCACGCAAGUUCCGUUCAACGACAACCUUUUGCACCAUCAACUCCGAAACAAACUAAACCUCAACAUACUACCACCCCCAAAAAAGACUGAUUUUGUAGUAAACAAACAAUCGACCGAGUCUAUGUAUUCAGUGGAAGGUUUGAAGUUCUUGCAUCAAGAUUCACCCGUCGUCAUGUUACCAAAAGGCCUGCCAUCCAUUGGACACAAUGUUUGUAUCAAAAGCGCCACUCCAGUGAUACCGGCGCCGAGAUCUGUAAUUGAAAGACGAAUUAGACAACAGCAGGUAGACACCAACAAACGGACUUCGCGAAGUUCUAGCAUGGUGGCGACUAAAGUAAAAAAACCAAUUAAAAAAGAAAAAGUUCCUGAAAGCCGGUCGCCGUCUAGGUCAACCGAGAGCACGCCGGAAAAAUCCAUAUCGGCGUCCGAAGAAGAACUGACCAGUGAGGAUGACGCUGAUGAUGAGGAGUUGGACGACGAGGAAGAUGCUGAUUUAUUGCACACAACUGAUCUACAAAGUCGCCGUAGUGAAAGAUUGAACGUGAAUCGGCUGUUGAACGGAAGGUCUAUCAACAGUGUUGUUCCUCCCCCCGUCAAUCCUCCCGAAACACGUGUAGCCUCAUCGAUUACGUUGCCGCUAUCGUUGGCGCCAGUCAUCACUCGAGGGCCUCAGGUGCGUACGACCAAGCGGCGCCUCAGUGAAAAAGAUUUACGAGUCGACCGCAAUGGCCAGUGCCUGGUGAAACGCAAACGGCUGCGGCGCAACGGUUUGACCAACGGCAAUUUGACGCCAACCAAAAGGCGGUCGAAAAACAACACUGACGGCCGAAUAAUGUACAGGUCUUACUCGGAGUUUUUUGCCAACCACAGUCAUUCGGUCAACAGGCCAUAUUCGCCUGAAAACACCGUAGAUUCGUCAACCGAUCUUAAAACUCUCGUACAUUCAUAUUUCGGAGCCAGCAACAGAAUAGCCAACGGUGAAGAGUACACCAUACUUUGCAAAAGGACCAAUCCGGACGGGUCGGAGGAGUUUCUAAUCAGAUGGGAUUGAAUUUGGAAAUUUAGGGGAAUUCUAAAUAGAAAAAAAGACUUACGACGAAAUUCUGUUGUUUCGUUCGGUUUUGGUGAUUUAUUUUAAUCUUCAAAUCUCGGCUCACUUUUUAGAGAUUUUUUUUUAAAUUAUCGUUCUGACAUAAAAAAGUUUAUUUAUCAAGGCUUUAUGUUAAAACAUUACGAUUCGAAUAAGAAGAAAUAGUAAUUUUAUAUUCUUUCGGUCGUAAUCUUUGCACAUUCUCAGCUGUAAACUAUAGUCACUCCAACGAAAAAGAAGAUUUUGUACGGAUAUUGUAAGGGUGUACGUGUAUAAAAAAAGUUAUAUGUAUAUAUAUAACUUGUAAAUUAUUUUCAAAAAAAACCUGCAAAUUUGUGUUCAUUUUUUUGUAAUAGGGACUUCUUGGAGUAUUAAAUAAGUUAUUUAUUGUUAUAAUUUUUUUUAUUGAAAUACCGAGUCUUGUAGGGGUCUCUCGAACUGUCUGCUUUUGAUUGUAUUUUUUUUUUCCAUUCAAUAUAACCUAAAUUUAUUAUUAUUAUCCACUCUUUGGUCGUCUUCUGUACGUACAAUACUCAAAAAAUAUUAUUUCAUUUUUUUUAUUAUUUAUAUACAUAUGUAUAUAAAAUCGGCAUACGUAAUAAUAAUAAUAGCUUUAUUAUGGUAUUAGAGUAUAGUUUUUAUGUUAUAGGAACCAAAUUGUGAAUUAAAAAAAAAUUGUUUAAUAGACUGCUCGGGUUUUGCGUAGUGUGUUUGUUCAAGUAGAUAAUUUUUUAAAGUAAUUUCUCUAAACAAAUUGUAGUCGUAAUUGAAUUGAGAUUAAUAAUUUAUUUUAAUUAAAUUAUUUAUUCACAAAACACAAAGAAUUUUCUACGGUAAGACUGACUGAUAACUUUUUUUUUUGUCCGUGAAACAAAAUGUACUAUUUAAAAAAAAAAACAA